CGUCACUCUCUUACAACUUUUAUGGUUGUUCCUUCCCCUUUGUCCUUUUAUUUCAAACGCCGGAACCAAUUUCCCACCAAAGCCCACCUAUCUUUCACUUUGGCGCAAUCCGAUCAACCCUUACUCUUGCCGACGUCAUGUCACCCUCUCGCCAGACGUCGAACGGUUCUCGCUGCUCAUGCGUCAUCGAUGGAAUCACCGGCGAUGAUUCCGGUGAAUCGUUUGUCCUUACAUGCAACCAUUGCAACGGGUCCAAUUCGAUAAAACCCGAUCUCUCGUCCUCUUGCUCUCCGUCUAGAUCAAAAUCGGAUGAUUCGGAGAAGCUGCGAAGAAUCAUCGUCGCUUCCAUCAAAGCAUUCUCCAUAGGUACUGGAAUCAAAGGUGGAUUAGCUAUUUUCUCCAUCUUUGCUCGUUUGGCUCGACGUAGAUCUUCUUCUCAAUCGAGGAGAACCGGUGAUUUCUCGAAUAGUGAAGCUAUUGCCAUGGGGAUUAAGGAAACUCUAAGAUACGGUCUAUUUUUGGGAACCUUUGCUGGUACUUUUGUCUCUGUAGAUGAAGCUAUUUCUUCUUUGGCUGGAGACCAAAGAACUGCAAAAUGGAGGGCUCUUUUUGCUGGUUUAGUGGCUGGGCCAUCUAUGCUUCUCACUGGACCAAACACACAACACACGAGCUUAGCUGUUUACAUUUUGAUGCGUGCGGCGGUUCUUGCGUCACGGUGCGGCAUUAAAAGCAAACGGUUUGGUUCAAUUUGCAAGCCGCUUACAUGGAAACAUGGGGACUUGUUUCUCAUGUGUCUCUCAUCUUCACAGAUUUUGUCUUCGUACAUUUUAAAGCAAGAUAGUCUUCCUUCAUCGUACAAAUCUUUCCUUAACAAACAAGGUGGGAAGGAUCUUUCUAUCAUACAGGGCGUUAAAGAUAUCGCAAGCGCCAAACCAUUCACCAAUUUAAGGGCAAUUGAGAAAUAUUACAAAUCUGUUGGAGUUGAUAUCAAACUUGAUCCUAACAUGAAAGUCCCCUGUUCGAUAAUUCAUGGAAAAGAGUCAUGUACUAAGCAUGCUCUUACAUUUUUCCUUCAAGCUUACAAGAGGGCGUUACCUGUCUAUGUCCCUGUCUACUUGAUCCCAGCGCUGAUAGUCCAUCGUCAAGACCUGCUAAAAAAGCAAUACUCAAUACUCGGUAAGGGUCUUCUUGGCACUGCGAGAUCAAGUUUGUUUCUCUCUACUUACUGCACUUCGUCCUGGGCCUGGACUUGCCUGCUUUUCCGGAUAUUUGAGACAUGCAGCAUACCGAUCGUGGCCAUAGCAACGUUCCCAACAGGUCUGGCUUUAGCAAUUGAAAAGAAAAGCAGAAGGAUAGAGAUAUCACUCUACUGCUUAGCGAGGGCAAUAGAGAGCUUCUUCACAUGCAUGACAGAUGCAGGAUACAUUCGACCGCCCAAGAUUCUAAGAAGAGCAGAUGUGGUCGUGUUCAGCGUUUCCACAGCCAUUAUAAUGCACUGCUACGCGCAGGAAAGAGAAGUGUUUCGAUCAAAAUAUUUGAACGUCCUAGAUUGGGUUUGCGGUGUUCCUCCUCCUCGUGAAAAAACAUAGAGACAUUUACUUUCCUAUUAUCGACUUCAGAAGGUAAAACAUAAGUUACUUGUGUUUUUUAACUUUUAACGAAAAGUAGAAUUUGGUCGUAGAAUGUUCAUUUAAUAGUCUGUAGGAGUUUUCGUUUCGGGUUUUGGGAUAUCUAAUGAAGAGUUUUAAGCGAUAGGCCAA